AUGAAGUCUGUCACGGCUUGGUCGGUCCUUGCUUUCGCUGGCUAUGUAUCAGCAAACACUUGCUAUGAUCUUGCCUCCAAUGUCCCAGCUUGCGCAACUGGUUGUAUAAACUCAGCGGCUUCCGUGGCAGGUUGCACAAACGGCGAUUAUGGGUGCCAAUGCUCGAGCUCUCAAUCUUCAGCGAUCCAGUCUCUCGCCAUAAACUGCGCUAUAAACAGUUGUGGGGUGAUGACCGCAAUUUCCGCCAGCGCAUCCGCCGCCGCUGUCUGCAAGUGUCUUGCUUCUGCUGGGACAGCAACAAGCGUUAUAACCACCUCGUCCAGCCCCUCGUCGAGCUCUGCGGCACCGUCCAUUCCGUCGCCCACGGCGACAGUCUCCAGUGCUGGACCAGGCACCACCACAUCGGCAUCCGCAACAGGCCCAAUUACAACCGCCCCAGAGGUGCCAUCAAGCGCUGGAGGAAGUUGUAGCGCGUCGAGCCCGUGCCAGAAAUCAGCAGAUGCUAUCCCUGAGUGUGGAAAAGGCUGUCUUAACUCAGCAGGCUCCGCCAAUGGCUGCGUGGAAAGCGACUUCAAAUGCCAGUGUGAUAAGGCCUCAGCAAUCCAGCAGGGAGCACAAGGCUGUGUGAUCUCGAGUUGCGGUAUCAACUCCGGACUUGCUCUACUCAGCUCUGCAAAUGCUCUGUGUGCUUGUGUUACCGCAAACCCCACAACCCCUUGCACUGGCUCGGCAACAACUACACCAGUCACUACGCCAACCACUACGCCCAGUUCAUCAGCUUCAUCUACGGGGUCACCCGAGACUAGCCCCGGCGCCUCAAAUACUUCUGGAGGUUCCGGACCAUCUCCAUCUUGCGUACCAAGUGCUGGAACUAAACCUGAUUGCUCGAGCAAAGCAGCAGCUAUUCCCUCCUGUGCAUUGGCUUGCUUUUCAACCAGCAUUGCCAAGAUUGGAUGUGCAUUGGAUGACUAUGCUUGCCAGUGCACUGCUGAUAACAAGGCAGCGUUGACCAGCGAUGUCAUUCCCUGCGUUUCAACUUCGUGUCCAUCCUCUGAGCUCGCUGCUGUUCAAGCUGCUGCUGAUGAGGUUUGCAACUGUGCCAAUUCACCUGCCACUGGGGGAACAAGUUGUUCAUCCGAAAGUUCUACCAACCCAACAGGAACAUCCGGCCCCGGCUCCGGCCCAGGGACAACCACGGUGGACUGUUCCACAUCUACCACAGCCGCUGGAUCAGGAGGACCGGGCGGAUCUGGUGGCUCUAGUACGACAUGCGUCGAGGUCCCAGCUAGCACGCCUGAUUGCUCGUCCAAGGCAGCUGAAAUCCCAUCCUGUGCCCUGUCUUGCUUCAGCACAGCUAUUGCAAGUAUCGGUUGCGGCUUGACCGAUUAUACUUGUCAAUGCACAUCCUCCAAUGUUGCUGCUCUCACUAGUGCGGUUACUCCAUGUGUUGCCAAAUCUUGCCCGUCCUCCGAGCUUUUGAAUGUACAAAGUGCAGCUAAUGCAGUAUGCUCUUGCGCCAACUCAGGGUCGUCUGAGGCCUCUACAAGCUGCUACCCAGUUGGAUCCCAACCUACGCCUACUGGGCCUUCUGGCGGUGGAUCGGGAGUGCCUACUGGUAGCGGACCAUCGCCAACUGGUGGCAGUGGAACAGGAAGCCCAGGAACUGGAACAGGGAGCCCGGGAAGUGGAACAACUUGUGUGGCCGUUCCAGUGGCAGCAAGCACCCCGGAUUGUUCUGCUAAAGCUGCUGAGAUACCCUCCUGUGCCCUUUCCUGCUUGUCCGACGGCAUAGGAAAGAUUGGCUGCUCUCUCACUGACUACGCAUGCCAAUGCACCAGCGCCAACAAAGCCGCUCUUACUUCCGCAGUAACACCCUGUGUAGCCAAAUCUUGCCAAGGUUCAGAUCUGUUAAAGGUGCAAAGCGGCACAGAUGCGGUUUGCGAAUGUGCAAACGCCGCCCCUUCGUCAUCAGAGAGCACCACGAGCUGUUAUCCAAUCGGUUCCCAACCUACUGGUACAGGUAGUGGCUCAUCACCAGGCACUGGUAGCGGACCUCCAGGAAGCGGUGCUGGUACUUCAGAGGCACCCGCCGCUCCUACUGGAGGUUCAGGAACUGGCACAACAUGCGAGGCAGUUCCAGCAGCCAGCGGUGCCCCAGACUGCUCCUCCAAAGCAGCUGCCAUCCCAUCCUGCGCUCUAGAAUGCUUCUCAGCUGCAACAGAGAAAAUUGGCUGCUCUAUCACAGACUACGCAUGCCAAUGCACAAGCGCCAAUGUCGACGCCCUCACAUCGGCCGUUACGCCUUGUGUGCUCAAAUCGUGCCCCUCUUCUGAGGUUGCCAAUGUUCAGAGCGCCGCAAAUGCUGUGUGUGCUUGCGCCAAUGCGCCAUCCUCUCCUUCAUCAGAGGCUUCUACUACGUGCUAUCCUAUCGGCUCGCAACCCUCUGGCUCGCAACCUCCUUCUGGCUCGCAACCUCCUUCUGGCUCGCAACCUCCUUCUGGCUCGCAACCUCCUUCUGGCUCGAACCCUUCUACUGGCUCGCAACCUUCUUCUGGCUCUGGUGCAUCACCACCUGGUGGAGCUGGAGGAGCGAAUGUUGGAGCUUCCGGUGUUAACUCUUUGAGCACAGCUGUUGUGAGCAGCUCACCAAGCAACACAGUUGGCCCAGUACAAGUUACAGGAGCUGCGGAGAAGAGAUUCACCGCAGGACUCGGAAUGGUGGGAGCAGCUGUUUUUGCGGCUAUUGCUCUGUAG